AUGAAUAGCAGGUUGGAUGCGCAGCACCUGCUUUGGAAACUUCACAGAGGCUACGAGCUGCAUCCUGAUACUCCCGUAACUGAGAAUAUGAAGGUCGCUGAGCUUGGGACAGGGACGGCCGUCUGGAUAUUUGACCUCGCAAGACAGCUUCCACCGACAGUUCAGCUGGAUGGUUUUGACAUAUCCGACGAUCAAUUUCCGGCAAAGGAUCUAUGGCCCCAAAAUGUUACACUGGGACUUCUGGACUCUUUGGCUGAUCUGCCUUUACCUCUUUGUGGUCAAUAUGAUGUGGUGCAUCUGCGGAUGUGGGCGAGCAAUCUUCGGGAAAGCGAUACAUCGUCGUUGGCUCGCCACGUCAAGCACCUCUUGAAGCCUGGAGGGUACAUACAAUGGGAAGAUGCUGAUUUGGUACAUCAGCGUAUCAAAGGUGCAGGGGCGCAGGAGUUUGAGCGGAACAUGAACGAGAUAUUCAAAAGGGUCGGUCUUGACUACAGCUGGGUGUCAGACCUGCCAAACCGCUUGCGACAAGAGAACUUCAAUAUUCUCGAAGUAAAAAACGAUCACUUUAAGCCUGAGCUAGUGCAACUCUGCACGAACACUUAUUUGGUGGCUCUCCGUGAAAUCCUUCAAGGCAUUAAGAGGUUACUCCCACAGAAUACGCUGCUUUCAAUUACUGAACAAGAAGUGGCUCUCUAUCAAUUGUCUUUACAGAACACGGGGGUUAUCUAUAACUGGUCGCCUUUAGUGAUAUUGGCACAAAAUGGUAACGGGAUUGAAGUUUGA